AUUCCUCUUUAAAAUCCCUCUCUGAAAAUGUCAUGUCCCAACAAUGUGACUUCUAACUCGUUUUUGAUGGACUCGUUAGCCGGUACCUGCAGAGGGGAGAAUUAUUCCUCUAACCAAGGGAUGUAUAUGCAGUCUGGGAACGACUUCAACUGUGGAAUGAUGAGGAACUGUGGGAUAAUUCCGUCUCUUUCCAAAAGAGACGAGGUGAAUAACGCCAGCCUGUCUCUCAACACCUAUCCAUCUUACCUUUCUCAGCUAGACACCUGGUGUGACCCCAAAAAUACUUACCGAAUCGAGCAACCUGUUGCGAGACAACUCCCCUCCUGCUCUUUCCCAACCAAUGUCAAGGAAGAAAAUGCUUGCUGUAUGUACAAUGCUGACAAAAGAGCUAAAAACGCCACUGAGGCCACCCUCUACCCCAAUCAGAUGCCUGAGUCUUGUCUCAAUGACCAUGAAGUCCCUGUGCCUAGUUACUACCGGGCCAGCCAAGGUUAUUCCUCCAUGGAGAAAACAUCCAACUGCAACAACCCGAGCGAGUUUGAGGCAAGUUUCGAACCCAGGUCGAGUCUCAGCCAAAGGAGUGAGCACCUGGAGCAGCCGCCGCCGCCGCCGCCGCCACCACCUCCGCCACCUCCGCCACCACCAUCUCAGCAGCCACAGCAACAGCAGCCACAGCAGGCACCACCACCAUUACCACAACCAGGAGCUAAAGUGAGCUUCCCUGAAAACACAAAACCAGAUAAUCCUCAGAAUACCCCUGCCAACGAAAUUAAAACAGAAAAAAGUCUCCCUGUUGCCAAAAUAAAUCCGUCGGAAACUGAGAAAGAUAUGCAUAAAUGUACAGAUACCAGCACUGACAAUUCUGACACCGAAGCAAAAGAGGAUAUAAAGGCAGAAAACACUACAGGAAAUUGGCUGACAGCAAAGAGCGGAAGAAAGAAAAGAUGUCCUUACACUAAGCACCAGACGUUGGAACUGGAGAAGGAAUUCUUAUUCAAUAUGUACUUGACCCGUGAGCGCCGCCUGGAGAUUAGCAAGAGUAUUAAUCUAACAGACAGACAAGUCAAAAUCUGGUUUCAGAACCGCAGGAUGAAACUCAAGAAAAUGAACAGAGAGAAUCGAAUUCGCGAACUGACUUCCAAUUUUAAUUUCACUUGAAAGUGUUCACCAAGAGCAAGGGAUGGGAGGGGGAAAAGCAUUUCAAAUCUUGUGCAGUAUUUUUUUUAAUUACGCCCCCCCCCUUCCUGGGUAUAAAUGCAAUGCGUGUGGGAGGGAGGCGGGGAGGAGGGAAA